CUUCUUUAGAAAGGUGCGUUACUGACUAUGUUAGAUACUAAAUUUGGUUUCUAGCUUUGCUUUAGAAUUGAUGUUAACCUAUACCACUGAAGCUUCUGGAGAACGUGAAGAAACAUCUCUAAAGUGGGCCAAAUUACUUUCCGUGCAUGAUUCAUUCAUGCAUGAACUUUCUCAGGAAGUAAUUACUAUUGGAUCAUCUGAAGAAUGUAUGAUUGUUAUAAAACAUGAAGAAGUUUCAAGUCCACAUUGCCUUUUGAUGAAAGAUCCAGACGAUGUCAUAUGGUUGUACGAUUGUAGCAAGACUGGGACACGUUGUAAUGAUGGCAAGUGGUUACAGCAAGAUUGUGUCACGCUUCACACUGGUGACUAUUUCUACCUUUUAUGGGAUGAAGUAGAUGUGACUAAGCGAGUUGGAUUCUGCGUUCUUUUUGUUGAUGAUUUUAAACUUUUGGCUUCCUCUGGUGAGUCUAAUAAGAUCAAAACUACGGAACUACCGUUACAACCAUCAUCAUCAUCACAGUUUAUGAAGCCAUCAACAUCAAAUGAUGAUACUGAUUUAGAAAAUUGCUUAACAUGUGUUAUUUGUGGAGAUGUCUAUUUCGAGUGUUGUAGUGUUCAACCGUGUUUACACAGUUUCUGCACACUCUGUUGGUUGAGAUGUAAAAGAUAUGAAUGUCCAAUGUGUCGUAAAUCAGUGUCAGCGUAUGCUAAAAAUCACCAAUUAAAUAAUUUAGUUGAUGUAUUCCUUCGUAAACAUCCAGAGAAGUUAAAAUCUGAAUCCGAACAAAAUGAAAUAAAGCAAGAAAUUGCAAGAUUAACACGCCUUCCAAAUCACACUCGUCGAUACAAUAAUCGAACUAGAAGGAAUAGAGAGAGAAUUACUCUUCCUGGUGGUGACUAUGGUUUACUGAGUAGUUCCUCUGGCGUCUUUCCUGUUGUUCCGACCAUCACUACCACCGCAACAACUCGCAGUGUUUCUUCUGGUCCGAUAAUUAUGCCCACUUCCUUACCGAUGAGUGCUGGUUGUGUUAUAUGUUCAUGGUUACCACCAUCAUAUGACCGUCGUGGCAAUAGUAUGACAAGUAUUAGUGGCAUUACUCUUGGCGACCAUGGUCCAAGAAUUGAAGAAUGUCCGAGUAGAUGAAUAUUCUAUAGCCAUAUGGAUGCAUUUGUCACUGUUUUUCGGCCAACAGACAUAAAAAUCUGUAGAAGACUUCAAUAGAUUCAUGAAUUAUAUUAAAAUCUUUGUGGUAUUAUUGUUUCUCCUCAUAAAAUAUUCAUUUACAAUAACUUUAUUGGUUCAGCGCAUUGUUAUUGUACAUGUUGUAAUAGACCAAUGCCUAGUCGAACAACAACAAUUUCACAACUACAUAGCAUAAAUCGAACAGAAUGUGAAGUGUGCCGGCGUACAUUUUGUUCUUUAAUCAAUCCAUAUGGAUGUUCAACAUGUGAUGGUUAUUGUUUAUCUCGUGUACAAGAUUUGACUAGAUACAAUUCAAUACCUCGUAAUUUAUUAUUGAAUAAUCGUAUAGAGACAAGGAUUCUUGAUCACGGAACUCUUCAACAAUGUGAAUUCCUGAUCACACACGUAGAACUCUGACCCAGAACCCUCGAUUUCGCGCGUGAACGCUUAACAGUUAGUUUUACAAUAUUGUAAAUACAUGUUCAUGCAAUAAAUUAUUGAUUAAUCAAUGUCAAGUACUACUCAGUUUGAUGUAUACAAAUCUGACUGUUAAUCAGUACAAACUAUAUGAAACUUCAUAUUCAUUUUGGUUGUCAAAUAAAUCCUCAUCUAUCGUCCUUAUGUUCUUAUUUGCGACGUAAGUUUCAUGGGUUUAAUUAUUCACUAACAGUUACCUGCCGUUACAACAAUUGUCGAUGGGUAUUUUGGUAAAUAAAAUAAAUCUUCCUCUACAGUCAGUUUUCGUGUUCUUAUUUGCAUCUUGGAAAUUGCAGAGGUUUUCAGUAUCAAGUACCAUACCCUAAUUUAAAUAUUAUCGGCUGUUUGAAUCUGAUUAUCUCUGUCCAACAUCGUUUGUUUGAAUUACAAACAACAGAAGAAUUUUUCGACUGAUAUUGUUUACUUAAACCAUCUAUUCCAAUAUGAUGUUCACUUCAAUGAAUCGAUUCGAUUAUGUUCAUUUGACAUUAUGUAGUGUUACCAUGCUUUGUUUAAAGGUAUGAUAUAUCCAUUUAAAUUAUUAUAAUAUCAGAUGGGUUUUGUGGAGAUUGUAGUAAUUUUUUGGUUAAGAUCAUGAGUCAGUUGAAGCUAGACCAUCAUGGAAAACCUGGAAACACUGGAGUCCCACAAUAGGACGAAACGGCUGUCUAGUGCUUCCAGGUUUUCCAUCGUGGUCUAGCUUCAACUGACUCAUGAUCUUAACCAUUAAAAUUAUUUUACUUCAACAACCUGAUGCAUGUCAAUCAGUGUGAACGACUUCAAUUAUUCAAUUGACUUUUCAUAUACUGAUUCGUUCGGUAUCAGAAUAUGAACAUGAUAAUAAACAAAACUAUAAAACAAACUAAAGUAAUUCUGACGAAUGUCUGGCUACAUUGGAAAAUAUCAUUUUUGACAUAAUAUCUAAAAAUGUACUGGAUUUGAUAUAAUUUAGGAUAAUUGGCGUUUACUAACAGAUAAAACAGCCCCCUAACUGUAAUCAGUUUUCAACGGAAAUUACCUUAAUAGUGUACAAGCUUCAUGAAAUCACCCAACUUAGUAGUAAGCUUCCGGAGCUGGUCUUCACCACAGAUUGAACUCAUUUUGGAUACCAUGAAUCGAUUGUAGUUAGAUCUGUAUACCGUCGGAUGUCAACUCAACGGUUUAGAGGACCCAACCCCUGAUGAGGUCUCAUAAUAUAAAUAAACAGCUGUCUAACGCUUUCUGACUUUCAUUAAUAUCCUAUCUGAGGUCAAUGUUUGGUUAAUAUCACCUCCGAACACAAUGGGUUCACCUAGAGGAGUUGGGAAAUCCUGAUUCCAAAUCAAUGGUCCACAUGAGCUCCAGAAUCCUCAAGGAACAAAUGGCGUAUGAACUAAUUGUUGGUCACCGGCUACCAUAGGACCGUAUCUCCUUACGCUGCUCCACUGCCUUGUGGAUCAGACCUUUAGGUCGAGGUCUCCGUGUGUGGCUCCCUUAAGAAAACCACCUGCUUCGGUCUGGGCAUCCGGGCAGUAUCAUAGCUCAUACACAAACCAAGUAACUUGUGUGUGCAUCUUUUUACCAGUAUUGAUAGAAAUAACCUCCAGAUAAAACGUAUAUCAAAGAAACUAUUGAUUUAUAAACUUAUUGUUUCUAUUUCUUCUCUUAGGAUUAUCUUACCUCUCAGGGUAUUUCAAUUCCAACAUUUAUCAAUCAUUGUUUAACAUUUUAUAUUAAUACAACAUCAAUUUAUUCAUCAUGUAUAUUAGAUAGAAAUUCAUUAAUUUGUAAAAAUUGUAGUGAACGUUUACUUAGUCAAUUAGCUUAUCAAUAUCGUUUAUCUAUAUGUCCAAAUGAAUUACCAACUGAUGUAAUUAUUAAACCAAAUUGUUAUUAUGGACAAUAUUGUCGUUAUCAAAGUUAUAAUUAUAAUCAUGCUAGACGUUUUAAUCAUAUUUGUGAAAGAUCAAUUUAAUUUUAUUUUAUUUUCAUUUAAUUUAAUGAUAUUCUUUCAUCUCCCUUCUUUUAAAAGAAGGGAGAUGAAUACUACUUUUUUUGCUAAUAAUUAGUCAUUAGUAGUAUAUACAGCUUCUUUUUUCCCUUUUUGUUGUUGUUAUUGAUUUAUUAAUCUGUAUGACAAUCUCUAAUAUAUUUUAUUGAAGAUUUCUGCAUUUACCUUAUAGAAAUUGUUCUAUUUUGUUGUGUUUAAAAGUGAUAGAGACUAAUAAUACAAUUACCACUUUUUGUUUUUUUUUCCUCCUUUUGCUUAUUUUUCUUUCCCCUUGAGAAAAAAAUUUUUUUUUCAAAUCAGAAUUGUUAAAAUUUCUUUUAAAUAAAUUGAAUAUUCAUCAUAAUAGUUGAGAUCAUAGGUUAAUUAAAGCUACACUACCAUGGAGAACCUGGAAGCACUGGACGACCGUUUGGUCCUACUGUGGAACUCCUCAGCAUUCAUUGAUUUAGUGUGUAUUUAUGUAUUUUUGUUUGGAUAUAUCUGUUCACUUUGGAAAACAAUGAAUCAAUAGAUACAUGUAGUUACUGUUAAAUAAGUUUUUCGGUGAGAUUAUAAUUUAUGGAUGACCUUUGAACGACGCUAAAGUGUCUUUGAGAGUGUUUACCUAUAAUAACUAGGACGAAAUGAGGGUUAUAAACUUGUGUGAAGAAUUCGAAUUACGAUUUACUGUUGAUAGUUAGGGGCUAGGAAUUAGACUUCGGGUUUUCAUCACGAACUGACAUCAGCUAUAAUGCCAAAACUGUAUUUAGCUAAAUAGGCGGGUGAAUUUCGCGCCAAAAUUCGAGUCCUGAUUGGUUCGUCCAUAAAUUGUAGUCUCGCCGGUUUUUCUACUGAGUUUAUAAUUAAAACCUUUGGACAAAGAUAAUGUAUGCGAAAAUACGGAUUAAUUGACAAUAAUCGCAAGCUCCAAUCGUUUGCAUAGAAUAAUUAUUCAUCAGUUAUUAAUAAUAGUGAUGAAUAGCAUCUGUAAUUCUGUUUAACAGUCUGCUUAGUUAUUUAUUUAUUAUUUAUUUAUUUGGACACAUGAAUAUUGGUACAAGACAGCGCCAAUAUAUAUGCGCCACACAAAACAAUGAAAAUUCGAGAGGAAUACAAAGAAGAAAAAAAAGCUAAGGAGCGCAACAAAAAAAGAGAGAACAAUAACGAAGAGAUUGGUGUAAGGUAAUGUGCUAGUAAUCAGGGAACGCAAAGGUACAAUCGGAAGAAACCUUUCAGGUAAGGGGGACACAACCACUUUUUAUGAAGAAAGUAAAAGAAGGUUACAGCAGGAUCGCCAUUGGCUUCUAUUCUGAGCCAUAUCUGAUAACGUCUCUAGCCACUGUGUAGCACCAUCUCUCGGACCCCAACCAGGG